UACCUCGCGUCAUAGCCAGCCUUCUCGACGAAGAAACAGCUGAGGCAAAAUACAUCAACCCUGCCCCUCGUUUUCCCGCUUCUCAGCUGCCCUCGUAUAGCAUCUCCAACCUCUGCCAGCUCUCCAUAUUUGAUAUCCAAAGCCUCGCUUUCAAACUCAGCGAAUCGAAACUUUAUGGGCGGUUUGUAAACGGCCGAGCGACUCGCAUACAGAUUCUAUAUGCCUAGAUUCCCGGUCGCGUUUGGCAGGCGGAAGUCAACCGCAGACAAUCUUGAAAAUGUCUCGAUAGCACAACCGUCGUUCCGGGUCCUCGAUCGUUCCCAGGUGGGCGCCCAGAACUCGUUCGAUGGGGGAGCAAGGCUCGCUGCCAGAGCCCACACCUACUCCAAAGCAAGCCUGUCCGACAUCGUGGUGGAGGAUAACCUCUUUGCAGAUCUGAAGACGAACCGUGGCAGCGGCUCCUCUAAUACCACCAAAACCACAUCGACUGACAAUUCGUCCCGACACAGCAACGUCUCGACGGCCCCGUCCUCGGCCGAUUACCCUGGGCACGAUGAAUGGAGAAACACAAAUAAGAGGCCCACAAGCGAGGCCCCCUUGCCGCCCAUUCCAAAGUCGUCCUCGUCCGGGUCUUUCUUCAAGGCAGCUGGUCGUACCUUUUCGUUUGGCGGACAGAAGAAGCAGUUGCCACCUGCACCGUCCUCGGAUGACCCACUACCGCCCCUUCCUCCUUCGGACGACGUGGAGAUAAUGCAUGGCGGUAGGGCACGGGCCACGACGACGUCGACUUCGACAACUGUGACGGCACCGACCAUCGACGAGUCGAACUUCAAUCUCGACCUCGGAGGAGACUUUAGCAAGAUGCUAGGUUUCGACAAGCGGGCAAGCAUGAUGGCUUUCGACAAGCGGGCAAGCAUGAUGACCGUUCGAGAUGAUGCCAACAGCCGGCAGCAGGCCUCGGCGCCGAGGUCUCUAACUGCGUCUCGCACGAACCAACCCUCCCCGAUCCAGAUCAACAAGGGUGCCCAGGUUGACCCGUCCCCAUACUCUUGGGGCAGUCACCAUUCAAACGAUGGUCUCCUCACCGCUAGUCCAGCACAAGCGUCCCCAACCAACGAAAGCUCCCAACUGCGGGUUCCUAGGAAACCCUCUCCGUCCUCUGCCAACACACAGCGGGCAAGUGCUGCGGCAGAUCUGAAGAGAAACAGUGCGGUGUAUGGGCGACGCGCUUCUGCAGCCGAGGAACAAGAGGGCGAGGAUGUCCGACUGUUGAAGGACUCUUUAUCCGCUGGACGCAGACUCGCCGCAGGUGCCGGUGUUUCCGAUCGACAGUCGAGCUGGAGGAAGGCAGACGAAGAGAACCUGUUUGACAGUAGUUUCGCCAAAUCCAACAGGCCUGUAAACCGCACCGUCGAACAUGACCCGCUGCCCACACGGAACAAGGUCAUGACCCCUGCACAGUUCGAGAGAUAUCGGAAGGACAAGGAGCGCCAGGAUACUGUUGAGAGCAAGGAACAGUCGGUUGCGAAGUCGGAUGACGAGGACAACUAUGACGACGACGAAGAUGACCUAGAGAAGGCCAGGCAGCAGGCCAAGCAGAGGCGGAAGCAAGAGGCUCAUAUGACGGUGUACCGGCAGCAAAUGAUGAAAGUGACGGGCGAAUCGGGCGCAAGCCAGCCGCCAGCCCGGCCGGGCCUACAGCUAUCUUACAGCACCCCUAAUCUCCCCGACAUGGCGUCGACCGGCCCCGGUUCUGCGCUCAACCAGUCAGAUGGUUCCGAUGAGGACGAAGAGGUGCCUCUGGCAAUCCUUGCCGCCCACGGGUUCCCCAGUAAGAACCGCGCACCGACUCGACUCAGCACCAUGGCGUCGAACCCCAACCUGCGAACUUCGCAGCAGCCCAGUUACCAGAGACCAGGCUCUGUCGUGGGCGAUGCUUCCGGUGCCCGAAACUCGCGCCUUCCUGCGUUUGCUAGAAACCUGCCCCGGGAUCCGUUCAUCGGUGCGGGCUUGGUAAGCAACCCAGUCCGCGAGAGCUUCGCUUUGGGUGGCGGCAGUCCAGGUCCCGGACAAUCCGGGGGUCCUCUGCCGCCCGGUGGUCUCGUCGGAGUCAUAGCCCACGAGGAGCGCUCAAGGGCUAUGAGACGAGGCAGCCCCCAUAUCGACAACCAAAACCCGCUGGUUCCUCCCGGUUCGGUUGGCUACGAUCCCGUAGGUGGAAUCCCGCCUCAUAUGAUGUACCAGAACAGGCCGGCGUCCGCGCUACUCCAGCCCGGAGACCCAGGUCAGAUGCACAUGAACCAGCAGCAGAUGAACCAGCAGAUGCAGCAAUUCAUGCAGAUGCAGAUGCAGUUCAUGCAAAUGAUGGCAAGCCAAGGGGGCAACGCGGGGCCGAGACCCAACAGCGCCUUUAUCCCCGCGCCGUCGACGGGGGGCUUUGGCGAUGUUGGGAGUAUGCCUGGAAUGGGAGGCAUGGGGUACCCUGAUGCGAUGCGACAUUCAUUUGUCGGCGAUUCGCCCAUGCUCGAUCUCCCCCGAGGGGAUCAGCAGAUGCGCACAAUGAGCAUGGUCCAGCCGAGUUCAGCCUCGUGGAUUCAGCCGCCCCUGAAUCCCGGUUACGCGCCGUCCAUCCAUAUCCAAGGCACCUCGUACACGCCGUCCAUCGCCCCGUCUGAGCGUAGCAACAUCGGCCUCCCCGGGAGGUAUCGACCUGUCUCGCACGUUGCACCCCCCGCUGGUACCGGUCGUCUGGCCAAGUCAUCAACCAUGUCGGGAGCCUUGGGUACGUGGAGCGAAAAGAGCCAGAAGGAGCAGCCAAGGGUGACGGUCAAGAAGGCCGGAAACUCGUCAGACGACGACGACGAGGAGGGCUGGCAGGCCAUGAAGGCGAAGAGAGAGAAGAAGCGGUCGUUGUGGAGAACCAAAAAGAGCAUCCCCGACAUCAGUGCGCUGAUGGGUUAGACUAAUGGGACCUCGCCGCGUUGGCGGGAGGGGGGAAAUUCUGAGCUUUUUCCGGGGAAAAUGAAAAUAUAUAUUGGCAUCUUGGUCG